AUGUUGCAGCUAAGACCAAUUCUUAAAGACUAUAUGCACUGUGAUAUUGGUAAUGGUGAAGCUGCGAGCUUCUGGCCAAGGAGGUCCUCUAGUCUUCGUAUAAGGAAGGGCGCUAAUGUCAAUCAAGCCUCAACUAAUGGAUCCUGGACUCUACCCGCAGCACGUUCCAACGCUAUUCAAACCAUUCAAGAGGUCAUCACUACGAUUGAUCCUCCAAAUUCUACUAAAGGUACGGAUACCUUUAAGUGGCGUAAAUCUGAUGGUACUUUUGGUCCCAUUUUUUCUUCCAAAGUGACUUGGGAGUUCUUGCAACAACCCUCUCCUACUGUGUUUUGGAGCAAAGAUAUUUGGCUUAAAGAAAAUAUACCGAGAAACUCCUUCGUGGCUUCGCUUGCUCUUCUGAGAAGGUUACCAACUAAGGACCGACUUUUGCAUUGGGGAUUAAAUGUCUCUGGGGUUGUGUUCUCUGCGCGUCAGGUUUGGAAACUCAUCAUCACCUCUUCUUUGAGUGUGAUUAUUCCUCCUCUCUUUAGCUGUCUUUUGCGUCGCACAUCUGGGAUUCACGCUGCAGCAGCUUGGAUUCUGCAGCCUCAUGCUCCUGCCAAUCACAAUGCAUCCGUGCUCAUGAAGCUCAUCUUCCAGUCUAUCAUUUAUAUUGUGUGGAAGGAGAGAAACACACGCAUUUUCACCGCUGUCUCCACCUCUGCUCAGGGCCUUCAUCUUCAGCUGGACAGGCUACUAAGGGACCGCAUUCUAUCUCUUCCUGCCAGACUGCAGCCAGCUUCCUCUGCUUGA